AUGCAAGUUCCACUCAUCCGCUUGCAAUGCGGAGUCAAUAGCUACGAAUGGGGCAAGGUUGGACACGAAUCGGCAGCGGCCAAAUUCGCGGCAGCCACCCCUUCGAACAAGCUCUCCAUUGAGCAAGAGAAGCCAUAUGCGGAGCUGUGGAUGGGAACGCACCCAUCUCUGCCUUCCAAAGAUGUAGAGACGCAGAGGAGCCUUCUUGACAUGGUUCAAGACAACCAAGCACUUAUGUCAACGGAGAUUAGCAAGAAAUAUGGCGAGAAGCUACCGUUUCUGUUUAAAGUUCUUUCUAUCCGCAAAGCAUUGAGUAUCCAAGCACAUCCAAACAAGAAGUUGGCGGAGCAGCUUCAUGAAAAGGACCCGAAGAACUACCCAGAUGACAACCACAAACCCGAGAUGACCAUAGCCGUCACACCCUUUGACGGAAUGUGCGGCUUCCGCCCCUUAAAAGAGAUUUCACAUUUCCUCUCCACAGUCUCAUCAUUACGCAGCCUUAUCGGCGAAUCUGCAGCUAAAGACUUUGAGAACGCUGUGAGCGGACACGAGACAUCUGACAGCGAGAAAGAUGUAGAGAAGAACAAGAAAGCUUUACAAGCGGCUUUCUCCACUCUGAUGAAGAUCGAUAAGUCUACCAUCGCUUCUGCAGCUAAGGAGCUUGUGGCUUCCGCCGAGAAGGAAGGUGAGGAAUUCGCGGGUGGCGGGGGACCUUCGAAUGGAGGCAAAGAACUCGCAGACCUGGUCAUCCGACUGAAUGGCCAGUUUGAGGGAGAUAUCGGUCUCUUUGUGCUUUUCUUUCUCAAUUAUGUGAAGCUGGAGAUUGGCGAGGCUAUGUUCUUGAAGGCAGAUGAUAUCCAUGCGUACCUUAGCGGAGACAUCAUCGAAUGCAUGGCCUCCUCGGACAACGUCGUCCGAGCCGGUUUCACCCCCAAAUUCCAAGACAUCCCCACUUUAACAACCAUGCUUACCUACUCCUACGCUCCCAUCUCCGAGCAAAAGAUGCACCCCACCGACUACCCCUACGUCACUCUCAACAGUACCGCAUAUUCUUCCUCAUCAUCCGCCAUCCUCUACGACCCUCCAAUUGAGGAGUUCAGCGUUGUGAAGACCGAGCUGAAGAAGAAAGGCGCCAAAGCUACGUUUGAAGCGAUAGCAGGUCCAAGCAUCUUCAUCUGCACUAAUGGCGAGGGCACAAUCUCCGUUGGGCCGAAGACCGAAGAGCUGAAGACAGGGUUUGUUUACUUCGUAGGGGCCACGGCCGAGUGUGUUCUUGAGAGCCAAAGCGAGGACUUCACGACCUUCAAGGCAUUCUGCGAGCUGAGUGGUAAAGAAAGUGCAAAUGGAACUAAAUAG